UCUAUUAGAAAGCUGUUCUCUUAUUGGAUAUCGGAUGUCGUGCGUCGGAAGUCGGACGCAAUGUGAAUCCUGCUUAACGGCUUACGUGCUCGAGUUGUGUCCCUCUUUGUUCCGUCGUUGCAAGUUGUGGUCCAUCUUUCAAGUCCGUGAAGCAAUUCGAGCAACAUGGGCAAACCGAGAGGUCUUCGUACGGCGCGUAAACACGUAAAUCACAGACGUGAUCAACGCUGGAAUGAUAAGGAUUACAAAAAGGCACACUUAGGUACCAGAUGGAAGGCCAACCCAUUUGGUGGUGCCUCUCAUGCAAAAGGCAUUGUCCUGGAAAAAGUUGGAGUGGAAGCUAAGCAACCCAACUCUGCUAUCCGUAAGUGCGUUAGAGUGCAACUGAUAAAGAAUGGCAAGAAGAUCACUGCCUUCGUACCAAGAGAUGGUUGUUUGAACAAUAUUGAAGAAAACGACGAAGUUUUGGUAGCGGGUUUCGGCCGUAAAGGUCACGCCGUUGGUGAUAUUCCCGGAGUCCGAUUUAAGGUGGUAAAGGUCGCAAAUGUAUCUUUACUUGCAUUAUAUAAAGAAAAGAAGGAAAGACCGAGAUCAUAAGGCAUCGAUUCUCAACUAUGUAUAUAUAAUUACAAAUAUACAUAAAAGUUUUACACAAUA